GCUUCCCUUGGCCCACCUACAUCAGCUCUGCAGCACCCGUUCGUAGCCUCAGGCAACUGUUCCCUGACCAUGUCUGGCCUGGCCCAAGUGAGGAGAACAGAGGACAAGGUCCACAGUAACAGGGAGGGUGACUCCAGUCCUGUCUUCUCUGUCAUUCCCAGGUCAGUUCUAAAGUCCAUCCUGAGAACAGGGGACGCCACUCUUCCUCCCUCCAGAAGCAAAAUGUAACCCCAGGAUCGGAUCGGUGAGGCAGAGUGAAAUUAGUAGGUGUUUGGCCCAAGCGGCAGCUGGAGAGCAGCCCGCUCCGCCCCCCACUGCCCCAGGUUCAAGUGGGUGGAGACAGGGUGUGGAGACAGGGUGUGGAGGGCAGAAGCAGAACUUCCUCCAGCUACCCUUGAAAGCUGGCAUCCAGCGCAGCUCAGCCCCUCCCACCAUGAGACUUUCCUGGAAGGAACGGGUCUUCAUGGUCCUGUUGGGAGUUGCAGCAGCUUCUGGCCUCACCAUGCUCAUCCUCAUCCUGGUGAAAGCAACCAAUGUUCUCCUGCCUGCAGACACCAAGUUUGGGAUCCUGUUUGACGCCGGCUCCUCCCACACAUCCCUGUUUGUGUACCAGUGGCCAGCAAACAAGGAGAAGGACACAGGAGUGGUCAGCCAGGCCCUGACUUGCCAGGUAGAAGGGCGCUGUGUUUCAGGACCCGGAAUCUCUUCCUAUACCUCUGACCCGACACAGGCUGGGGAGAGCCUGAAGAGCUGCCUGCAGGAGGCGCUGGCACUGAUCCCACAGACCCAGCAUCCAGUGACGCCCACAUUCCUGGGGGCCACAGCAGGAAUGAGGCUGCUCAGCCAGAAGAACAGCUCUCAGGCUCAAGACAUCCUAGCUGCAGUCUCCCAGACACUGAGCAGGGCUCCGGUGGAUUUUUGGGGAGCCAGGAUCCUGGCUGGGCAGGAUGAAGGUGCCUUUGGUUGGAUCACUGUCAACUAUGUCCUGGGAAUGCUCCUGAAGUAUUCGUCUGGACAAUGGAUCCUGCCUGAAGAUGGGACGCUAGUUGGUGCUCUGGACCUUGGCGGGGCCUCCACGCAGAUCAGCUUUGUGCCUCAGGGCCCCAUCCUGGACCAGAGCACCCAGGUUACCUUCCACCUGUACGGAGCCAAUUACAGUAUCUACACUCACAGCUACCUCUGCUUUGGGCGGGACCAGAUCCUAAGAAGGCUCCUGGCUGAACUGGUACAGAGCAGCCAGGUAGCCCGGGUCAGACACCCAUGCUACCACAGUGGCUACCAGGCCACACUGUCACUGGCUUCCUUGUAUGAUUCACCCUGCGUCCACACUCCAGAUUCCCUGAACUACACCCAGAACCUCACGGUUGAAGGGAUAGGCAACCCUGGGAACUGUGUGGCAGCCCUCCGGGGUCUUUUCAACUUCUCCAGCUGUAAGGGCCAAGAGGAUUGUGCUUUCAAUGGAGUCUACCAGCCUCCCGUGCAUGGCCAGUUCUAUGCAUUUUCCAACUUUUACUACACCUUCGAGUUCCUGAACCUCACCUCCAGGCAGCCACUGAACAUCGUCAAUGACACUAUCUGGAAGUUCUGUCAGAAACCCUGGAGACUGGUGGAAGACAGCUACCCUGGGCAGGAGCGCUGGCUACGGGACUACUGUGCCUCAGGCCUAUACAUCCUUGUGUUGCUGCUGGAGGGCUACAAAUUCAGUGAGGAGACCUGGCCCAACAUCCAGUUCCAGAAGCAGCCAUGCUUCGUCCACUGUGGAGACAUGUUGGGUACCGUGUCUGCCUACAGAAAAGACUGAGCCCUAGAGAGCAGAGCCCCCACCAGGCCUGAGCAAGCCAGCAGUGUGGAGAAAGGGCAGCCUUCUACCUUCACACAGAACAUCCACCAUGUCCCCUUGGCGGAAGUCCAAGUCCUCCGGCCUUUGGGCACGAUAGUCGUACUGAGCUACCACUUGGUAGAGGACUGGCCGGCCCCAGGCCCCCUGUAAUAGAAGAGUGGGCUGCAGGGGCAGUGCACGUGAGGGGCUUCCCUUCCAACUGCCUGGGCUGCCCACCGCAGGCACCAGUCUCUCCCCUUGGCUCCCAGUCUCUCCCCUUGGCUCACCCGGCACUGGAGCUGCAAGCCUCUUGGGCUCACGGCCACAUUCCUCCAUACACUCUGCAGUGAGUCCUCCGUGGAGAUGGGGAUCCAGCCUCUGUCCUCUCCUCGGGCUUUGUAGCUGCACAGAGGGUCCUGAGGGUGAGCUCCAGUGUGCAGGGUGAGUACCUAGUGCCUGGUCUGUCCCUAAAGGACAUUAACUUCUGGGGCUCUCCACCAUUCCCGGCUGGCCUUUAUUUACUUCCAGGCUGUCCAGAUUCUUAACAUAGAGCUAAGGAGGCUUAGCUUUCGUCCCAUCCUGAGUCUGAAAAGUGACCGCUUCAGAGCAAAACAAUAAUAAAAAGCCUUCUCUCCA